AUGGCUAAGGAAAAAGAUUUCAGCUGCGUAGGAGGUCUGGAAAAGCAUAUUCAAAUUUUGAAGGAGACAGUUCUGUUUCCUUUGAUGUAUGGAGAUGUUUAUGCUAAAUUCAAUUUAAGACCGCCUCGUGGACUCUUGUUCCAUGGCCCCCCAGGAACGGGAAAAACUCUGGUCGCUGGUGCUUUGGCCACAGAAUGUAGCAAUUCCGAGAGGAAGGUUUCAUUCAUUUCUCGCAAGGGUUCCGACUGUCUCAGCAAAUGGGUUGGCGAAAGUGAAAAAAAGCUGCAGCAAAUUUUUCACUCGGCUUACCAAUCGAGGCCAUGCAUUAUUUUCUUUGACGAAGUUGAUGGUUUAGCCCCUAUCCGGUCCAGUCAUCAAGACUAUGUACAUGCAAGUGUUGUCUCAACUCUUUUAGCAUUAAUGGAUGGCUUAGACAGUAACUCAGAAGUUAUAGUAAUCGGAUCGACGAAUCGACUCGAUGCGAUUGAUCCUGCACUCCGGCGUCCUGGAAGAUUUGACAAAGAAUUGUACUUUCCAUUGCCUUCUUAUAAUGCGAGAAAAGAAAUUCUUUCGGUUCACAUAGAAAGCUGGAAACAGAAACCAUCACAAAAGUUUUUGGCAUACUUGGCAGCUAAGACUGUAGGAUUUUGUGGAAGUGAUUUGCAAGCAAUAUGUGCAGAAGCAGUUAUGUGCUGUGUUAGACGAACUUACCCUCAGAUUUAUACAUCCAAAUCUAAAUAUCAAAUCAACGAGAGAUCACUUAAGAUAGAGAAACAAGACUUUUUGAAAGCUCAGCAAAAUAUUAUCCCGGCAUCGCAGCGAGCAGCAAUUACGCCAAUUAAACGUUUGUCUAGGAGGAUUCAACCAUUGCUAGAAAAUACUUUAACCAAUAUCAUGUUCAGAUUAGAAAAUCUAUGUCCACCAGACAUGUUGUCUUCGGAUGUAAUCACUGGAAGAGCUACGUCACGAUCAUCCAACUGUCCACGACUACUGCUUACCGGUCUUGAUGAUUCUCACACUCGUUAUUUGGGCCCAGCAAUUCUUCAUGCCUUAGAACAUUUGCCUUGCCACGUUUUGGAUAUCACGACAUUGUUUGAAGUUACAGGCCGCGCGGCAGAGGAAGCUAUCAUACAACGUGUGAAGGAGGCACGCCGUUCCCUUCCAUCAUUAUUAUAUGUUCCCGAAAUCCUGGCUUGGUGGAACCUUGUCGAUGAGCCAGCUCGGGUUGUCUUUACGUCUUUAAUGUCUGGUCUUGAUAGUUCUGUAUCAAUGUUGGUAUUAACAACUGCAACUUGUACUCCGAGCACAUUACCAAACGAGAUAAAAUCAAUUUACGAGUAUCAGGAAGAGGUAUUUGAAGUUAAAACUCCAGGAACAUCGGAACGCCAAGGAUUUUUUGAGCAGCUGUAUAAUCAAACGAAUUCAGGAGUGGGUGGUGCAAGCCACAAGUCCUCCAGCUCUAUAAUUGAAAUCUUAAAACCGAAGAGAAUCAGGACUGAGACUAAGUCUAGAAAAACCCCAUGCACUGUUCAGUCCGUUCAUUCGACCGUAGAAGGAAAGCUUGAUGUCAUCGAAAUUGCUCAGCCUCGAAAAUUACGGCCAGAAGCUAAAUCAAGAAAGAAAAUCAAUACCGUUCAGUCAUUUCACUCCACAUUGCCAGUUAAAACAGGUGCUGUGAAGAGAGAGUUGAAUGGAGGAACGGAAGGCUCGCCUUCCAAACGUCAGAAGUUGAUAGGAUCAAUGGAUACAGACUUGAAAAAUAAAAAUGAAGCAAAGAGAUUAACAGAUGGUCAAAUCUCAGAAUUGCUCCGAAAGACAGUCAGCAUUACGCGCGGAUGGACAACUCAUCAACUAGAAACCCUUUUCUCCGCUCUAGAAGGCCACGGUGAAAAACAAGACAGAGAUAUGUUCUUAGCCUUCAAUGAAUGUUUGAGCAUAUUUCAAGAAACUGAAAAAUUAAAAGCCAGGCGGAAAGAAAGCUAAAAACUAUUCGUCGAUACUGUGAAGCUUAUAGAACUUGAAACUUGGAGUGUGUUUUGUUCAUUUCGUAGACCUUGUGUAAGUAUAAUAAUGUGUGACACUGUGUAACUUACUAAUUGUACUAAAGAGCAAUAUAAUAUGAUCUGAAUUUGAAAAUUCAACGGAUAACCACAGUGUUGAUAGAAUUGAGUCGGUAUGAUUCUCGGUGGAAAAAUAUUUUUGAUUUUUGAAUUCCGAUAAUUCUGAAUUUUUUAACAAAUCUCUGGAAGAAUCUAACUAUU